UGUUCACACAAUAAUGAUGUGAACAUUCACUUUGGUUAUCCAAUUAUGCACUAAAAAAAAUCUAAUCUUUUGAUGAGGAUUGGAUAUUUAGUGAACCAGAGCCUCACCUUAUUCAUUAACUGCAAGUUCAUCAUAGGGCGGACUGACCAUUUGGAAACUUGGGCACUGCCUGAGGGUCUGGGGUCAGUAGGGGGCCCCAUGAGAUGCCCCUGGUACCUUUUUCAUAGGUUUUUUUGAGUUUGGGCAAGGACACAGGGGCCCCAGGAUCCCCUAUUGCCCGGGGGCCCCAUGA